CAUAUGAAAGAUAAUUUGAUAAGUCGAGUAUCCGAGUUUGUAUUUUAUGCUCUAGCAUUGGAUGAAAGCACAGAUAUGGCAGAGACUGCCCAACUGGCAAUUUUUAUCAGGGGUGUUGAUGUACAUUUUAAAAAGACAGAAGAAUUAGCCGCAUUUUAUCCACUUAAGGACACUACUAAGUCACGAGAUUUCUUAGAAAAAGUUCCAUCGACAAUGAAUCUCUUUUCGUUA